GGGCCUCGGCCUCCCUCCGCCCCUCCCUUCCCCUUAGGUGUCUUCAUAAAAUGCCCGCCGACAGUCCCCCUUUUUUCCCGCUCCGCUCCAAGAUGGCGUCGAUGCGCGAGAGCGACACUGGCCUGUGGCUGCACAACAAGCUGGGCUCCACCGACGAGCUGUGGGCGCCGCCGAGCAUCGCCUCGCUGCUCACCGCCGCCGUCAUCGACAACAUCCGCCUCUGCUUCCACGGCCUCUCCUCGCCCGUCAAGCUCAAGCUGCUGCUCGGCAUGCUGCACCUGCCCCGCCGCGCCGUCGACGAGAUGAAAGGUGCACUGAGUGACAUCAUCCAGCUCGCUACCUUGGAUUCAGACCCCUGGGUCUUAAUGGUAGCUGAUAUUUUAAAAUCCUUUCCAGAUACUGGCUCCCUUAACCUUGAUUUGGAAGAGCAGAAUCCCAACGUUCAGGAUAUUUUAGGUGAACUGCGAGAUAAAGUGAGUGAAUGUGAAGCUUCUGCAAUGUUGCCGUUAGAAUGCCAGUACUUAAAUAAAAAUGCCUUGACCACAUUGGCCGGACCACUUACUCCCCCGGUGAAACAUUUCCAGCUGAAACGGAAACCAAAAAGCGCUACUCUGCGAGCUGAGCUCCUACAGAAGUCAACUGAAACGGCUCAACAGUUCAAGAAGACGGCUGGGGUGCCUUUUCAUGCCAAAGGAAGGGGGCUGGUCAAAAAAAUAGACACCACAACACCACUCAAAGGAAUCCCGAAACAAGCCCCAUUCAGGAAUCCCACCGCCCCAAGUGUGUUUAGCCCUGCUGGAAACAGAACACCCAUUCCUCCUUCAAGAACUCCGCUGCGCAAAGAAAGAGGGGUCAAGUUCCUAGAUAUCGACGAGUUGAAAAAGGUCGGGGCUGGCUGGGAAGCAAAAAGACGACGGAAGACUUUAGAUACCGAAGUGGUGGAGAAGCCAGCAAAAGAGGAAACUGUUUUUGAAAAUGCCACUCCAGAUUACGCUGCCGGGCUUGUGUCUACGCAGAAACUUGGCGCGUUGAAUAAUGAGCCUGCCCUGGCUUCCACAAGCUACCUCCCUGCAGCACCCAGCGUCAUGCCGUCUUCCUCUUACGUUCCGAGUACGGAGACGCAAACAGCUGGAUCAGUCCGAGAAGCCUUGCCAGCUAAAGAAGAGCCUGCCCCGCCUCCUCCCAGUGCUGUCCCCACUCAGUUCAAGCAGAGGACGCCCAUGUACAACAGUAACACCAAUGCAGCUGUGUCUACACCCUCCUCUCCUGUGACGCCUGCGACCACAGCUCCAGCAGUGCCGGCACCCCAGGCGGCUCCACAGACUCAGCAGGCAGCACCCAAGAAAAAGCUCUCUCUAAGUAAGAAACAAACCUAUGCCGUGCACGAAAUGUUCAAGACAGCAAACAAAGUCACAAGGCCAGAGAAGGCCCUGAUCCUGGGAUUCAUGGCCGGAUCGAGAGAGAACCCUUGUCAGGAUCAGGGGGACGUCAUCCAGAUCAAGCUGAGCGAGCACACCGAAUUGGUGCCCAAAGCGGACGGCACGGGGAGCACCACCAUGCUGGUGGAUACCGUUUUCGAAAUGAACUACGCCACCGGCCAGUGGACCAGACUGAAGAAGUACAAACCCAUCACCAACGUCUCUUAAGCGGCUGCCGCAGCCGGACGUUGACCCGACGGACCAGAGAUCAAGCCAGCGCCUCCAUCGCGUGUCGACUUGGCAGACCGACAUUCCUAUGAAGGCUUCCUUUUAACCGUCAAGGACUACCCGCGGUCGGCUCAAAUAGCAGAACGAAGAUCAAAACGACCGUGCUUGCUUUUUUUGUUUGAGGGUGUGUGUGUGUGGGGGGGGUGCGUGUGUUGUGGGGGGCUGCAGGAGUCAUUCAAGGUGGCUGAAUGAGCAGAGAUUCAGUGCGUCCAGCGCCUCUGCAAGAAGCUCCCCUCCGGAACCUUUGGGAAGAAGCGAACGGAGGGAAGGGCAGGUUUUUCGCAGUAGCUCCGUGCUCUAGCCUUGGUUUUAAAAAACGGCCACUGCCACCUAAUUGCAUAGUCUUCUGUAGCUGACUGGAGGUGACAAAUGUAUGGUUGGAUCUCUCCCACCCCCAACCUGGGCAGUGAUUCUACCAGUGACCGGGAAGGCCCAGGGUCCCUCUCAUUUGAAUAGAGGAAGAACUGGGUUUAACGGGAGUUUGACUGCCUGGCCAACUUCAAGACGGGGGGGGGGGGGGGGCACACUUUCUACCAUGCUCAGUGAGAAACACUUCUUUCCUACCAGAUUCCACAGUGGUUCAGCCAGCUGCCUCUUCCCUGGCCUGUGUGCUCACGUCAUAUGGGAGUAGGUGGGUUACAUCUUGACAUGGGCAUAUCGAAAAGGCAGCUUGCAAAGCAUGCCGGAGAGCACAAGGGUUAACUUUUCAGUCCGUGUUCCGUGUUGAAAUGGACGGCACUAAAUGCUGCUUAAACUGGUUACUUCUCAGCUUUUUCCAGGCGUCACCUCAGUUAACGUGCUUCAGAUUUCCAGGGCCGGCUGCAAUUUCUUUUACAUGGAGAGUGAGCGUUCGGCCAAACCAGACAAGUAGGCCUUCAAAUGCAGAGCCUUGGGCUUCUCUUCCACCAAGAAAGAAAGGCCUUUCUCCACCAGGGGCUUUCUUCGUCAGAAAAAGUCGUUCGCCCCCACUGGAGGAAGACUUAGCAGCAGAGCAUCGUAGGAUCCAGCUUAGUAUCUGUCCAAAUUUCUCUGUCCACGAUGGAAUGUUUAGAUUAUGGGUUAUCUGGAUGGUCCUUCCCAGAUUUUUCCAGUUCUGUUAGUCACCGCUUGUUGAAAAAUGGUUCUGUGAACUGGAUUUAACCGGGGAGUGUCUGGCUGCCUGGCCCACUUCAAGACAGGUUUUGUCCUCUUUCUGGCCCAUCUCAGUGGGAGGCAUUUAGGGGUCUGUGCCCUGAAAUGGUCGUUCUUUCUCUGGGAGCUUCACUCUGAAGCUCCUGACAGGUACCACCUGCAAGUAGAUGAGGUAGCGUUUUCUUUUGCUCGUUUCCAGGCAUUGCAUGCAAUAGGGUGGGAUAAAAGUCAAAAAGUGAAAGUAAAAUGAAGCGGAUGCUGAUCCUGUAGCAGUUGCGGAAAGCGCAAGGGCUUUGUGCUGGGCUGGUUUUAAGCCUGACGUAAACAGCAAGGGGAAGGCGGCAACAUUAUCCUGAGGUCUGCCCAGGUUUUAGUCCAUUUGAUCUUCUGACCUGGCAUGCCUCAUCAUCAAACCUCUCUUCUCAUCUGAGGAUUUCAAACCAGAAAGCAAGAAACAGGUCUCAUCCCCCCUCCCUUUCUGAUGUAACGAAGGUGUGUAACAGGAUAGAACUCUUCCUCCAAAGUGUCCUUGGAUGUCACUCGGCUGGUAUGCUGUUGCCUCAAUUACAUGCGCAUCGUAAUCAACAAGAGAAAUAUUUCUACCUGUUUUGCCAGUUCUGGGCUGUCAUUUUUGUUUCUGAAUUUCUACAAAACAUUUUUUAAAAAAUGAACAAAUUACAGCUUCAAUAUUAACUUGCUGGAAGGUGACUUCUUUAGUCCUUGGGUAUAAAAUAUUAAAACAGAGUUUGGAGUCAUCUGAUGUUUCAGCAGGGCCAUGCAAGAAAAUCUGCCAGACUGGCUGCUAAGCAAUAAGUUUGAAAUACAUCAAAUAUGUCAAAGCCAUUUAAAAAUUAAACACCGAAACGACUUUGCCGGCUAAUAAUGGAAGCUGGCCAAAAUAGCUUUGUUUGUAGAAGAUCUCCACUAACUCUCUAGCAUCUAAAUCUGCCCUAUUACGAAUAAAGAGCAAAAGUUUAGUGGACAUGACUCUUAAAACCUGUUUAGUAGCUGUCACUAGAGGGGGGGUGGUUGUAAACUUGCUGAAUAGCAGUAUUCUAACGAGUUUAUCCCUUGUCUUGACCAGUUCAGAGUAAGAGCAGUUACUGCUAUAAAGAAGGGUUAACAUUUCAUCAAAUGAUGAUGUCGUUUUCCUUUCGCAUACUUGUGAGAGUAGAAGGGAAUAAGCUGGUGGCACGGAAGUUCUGCAUCUCGCAGUCCUCGGCUGUCGGGGGCAUGAGCAGGCGGCACAACCUCUAAGCGCCAGUGUGAAUAGUUUGCAAAGCAUCUGCAUGUACUGCGUUUGUGCUGGAACAAUUUAGGUUUACUGUAAGAGAACAGCUUACUGCCUAAUUUCCCAUAAGUCGGUGCGUCCUGAGUUUUGAAAGGCUCAUUCAGAUGUGUUGUCUCCACCAAUAAGCAUAAAGGAAGACCUUGUUUUCACUUGCUAGGACACUCUUGACGUAUCCACAAGUUCCAUCAGUUUUCUACACCUUCAUAAUAGCACAAUCCCUGUUCCCUUUUCUGGUCCCUCUAUCCAGUCCGUAUAAAAUGAUAUCGGAUGGUUUUAAAGCUAAGUGGAAGUGGAAAUCGGAACACAUCUCAAAUUGAGAGCCAAGAGUGGGAGCUGAAAACGAUCUACCCUUGUCAGAAGAGUUUUAUUAUAGAACUUCCUUGUCUUGUGACGUAUCAAGGUGUGCAAAAUGCAUUUUGUGGUGGCAGGACACCAGUAAAAUACCAUAUUUUAAGGUAAGGUACAUGAACCUUCCAAGCUUUCUUUAGAGGGUGCGCUUUUAUGUAGCACUGUACCCACACUUUUGGCUAUGGUAGGCUUUACUUAACAUUUACAAAGUUGCAGGGAAUCUAAGCAGAGAAUUCUUUGCAGCGAGAGCGAGUGGGGACUAGGUCAUAGAGCAUUCAAUUUGUGCGGCGUGUAAUCUUAAGCUAUCCAACCAACCACUGAAUAGAGCUUGUAGACGAGAGCUCUGCAGCAAGGAUGUGACUGAUCAAAUGGCAAAGACAUUUCCUGCUCCUUCAUCCUGGAUCGCUGAUCAGAAUCUCUUGGAAAACCUCAGAGGUGUGUGACCAUAACAGACAUUAAUUUUUGCCAGGAUGAGACAGGUUGAGAAUUCAGUAGCUGUGGCGCAUAGGUCUACUUUGCAACCUAUUUCUAAAUGUGUUCAAAUUCCCUUUUGCCCAGCUGUAACAAGCAAUUGAUGAUAUCCCACCCGUUUAAGAAUACCGAUGGGCAUUGCAAGGGAAUCGGCACUCACCCGACCCUGAGACUGCAAUGCAGCUUUCGGAGUUUAGUGGGGUAUUGGAAGCCACGGGCAGAAGCGCCCUGGGCAGUCCUGCAAUUGCCCCCAUGAAUCAUGUUUAAGUGCCACUUGCCAAAUUCAUCAAAGCUACUUUAAGCGCCGUAAGAGCUUCACUUGUGCUUUCGUAGCAAGAUUUGACGGAGGGCAAAGACCAGAUAAAUACCUAAGCCAGAUCUCUCGAGGAGUCUCGUUCCUUCUAAAAGGCGGUGUCGUUUUGUAAAAUGUUGCGUAUCCUCCUAUUAACAAUCUGUAUUUUUUUCUAUCUUUGUUUUUGUACAGAUGUAAAUUUAAAACCUCAUGUCCCUUGGGUACAUAUUUUCAGUGUAAUAACAGUCUGUAUAAUAAAGUUCUGAUUUUUGUAAAGAA